UGUUAUUCCUUUAUCUAUCUUCAAGCAUGAGUAAUGUUGAAUAAGAUCUUUUAGUGGUUCGGCGUUAUCAGGAAUUGAGGAAAACAAAAGUGUUUUGAAUGUAUUGAUUACUUUAUUAUUGUGACAGAUUGUUAUUGGAAUAUAUUGGGCCUUGUACCAUUAAAAGAUGGCUGCCUUAGCAAUGGACUAUAGCCGAGAACCGGAGAUGGCCAGAUUCAUUGACACACACAAGUUUGAUCAGGAUAUGUCCACAAAGAGAGACAAGUUUGGGGGAGGAACGAGUUUGCCAUUAAACAGCGAUGGUUACGAGAACAAACAACAGCAAUUACGAGACGAACGACACAUCGACUGGAUGAGACAGCAGGAAAAGGAGAGCCGAUAUAUUUCGUCAAAACAAAUGCCACAUGACAGGGUAUAUUAUAGAGUCGGUACACCUGAACAAGGAUUUCCCACUCUGGGAAGUUAUGAAAAACAGCGACAAGAUCAAAAUCUUGUUCGACAAAAAGAAUAUAAUGACUUUUUAAGAAAGCAAAAAGAGUCGGAGAAGCAGAAGUUUGAGGCCCGUCGCCAGGCCCAACCAACAGGUGCCCCUGCUGCAGGGCCUCAGAUCGACUAUGACAGAAACAAUGAGAUGGCCAAACAAGAGGACCGCAAGGCUUAUCAGGAUUACAUGGGAAAGUACCAACAUCCUCAGAAUGCUUCUCAAAAACCUCCAAUAAAUUAUGAGGAGAACAGAAGAGUUUUAAAUGAGGAGCGAAAAAGAGAUUAUAAUCAAUUGAUGGAGAAGAAAGCCAAAGAGGAACGUUAUUGGGCCAUGCGCGGUCGCCCAGUAACUCCCCCUGGAGGUUUAAACAUCGGCAGCUACGAAAGACAUCAGAAAGAAUCUGCAGAACAGAAGAAGAAGGAAUACAAAGAAAUGUUAGAUCAGCAAACUGCAGAGCAGCUGAGAAUGAAGGCUUUUGAAAGGGUUGCUGAGGUUUCCCCGGGUCACAUAAAUUAUCGAGAAGAUGAACGCCCCCUAGUGGGCUCCCCUCGCGAUGUUAACUAUUAUUUACAUGAGAAAGAGGAAAAACGGGACAAAUUUAGGCACGAUUUAAAGGCACCAAGAAAACGGGAAGAAUAUUCUCCCGAAUCACACAGAAAUACUCAAUAUCCGAAAGCGGACGACCAAAAUUUAAAAGCAUUUAUUGAUGUUGAACGUGAAAAACGGGAAAAUCAGCGUCAAUACGCUGAAGAGCUUGCACAGCAACAGAGAGAGCACAUGUAUCUGAAAGCUCGACAGGAGCCUGAAGUGGCAGUAAUGGACCGUUCUGGGGUCAGGGAGCAAUACCUUGCCAGCAAACCCCCUGCUGGGCCCGGCUUCAGACCAAGAGAUGAGCCGACAAAGCAAAAUCCCGCCUUCUGGAAUGAUGGUCACAGAUCACGUGGUCCAAUGUCCCUUGAUUCCAACGUUCCAAGAUCUAACAUGUCUAGCUCAAGCAAAAUGGGAACUCCCUUGGCAUUUAAAACAUCCGAGCCCCAAAAUAGACGCCCAAUACCAGAACGCCCAAGGCAUGGACAACCCCCAUACCACGGGGAGAGGGAAAACGAUGCAGAAAAAGUUGUGUACAAGGCUGUAGACCAAGUUGAACCUCAAGGUCAAGAACCAAGACAGGGUCAAGGUCAUCCACCUCAAGGUCAAUCUCAGAGAGGACCUGGAAAUUUAUACAGUGAUGAAAAGACGAGAACUCCACCAGAAUGGCUAAAAAACGAUGCUUAUUCCAAUUCUUUACAACGACCAGUAGAUAGUAAUCAGUCAGUCAUAGGCACACCUUUGGCAUUCAAAACUCCCUAUCGACCUAUACAACAGCACCCUGCACGACCUUCACCUCUACCUGACAAUUCCUACUCACAAAAUCAGCGACCUAUAUACAAUGAACUUGACCCUACAUCUCAAAGGGCAAGGUCGCGAGGAUCCCCUGACCAAGGUCGUGGGUCACGAAGGUCGUACGAAGCUGAACGAAGGCCAGGAGGUCAAGGUCAAGAAGAAAUGAACGAUAAAUCACCUAGAAGAAAAAAGCAGUCACUUUAUAAUGAUAACGAAGACGUGCUCGCUAAACGUGACAAAGCUAAUAAGGAAAGACAAGAGGAGUAUAAUGAAUACAUUAAGAUGAAGCAGAACGAGGAGCGCAGGAGGCAAGAGGAAACUCGACAGCCCGUCGGUAAACCUGCUGAACGUGUACGGAGCCCCCAUUACAGCUCUGAUGACUAUGAGAGUUGGCGCAGGAAGGAGCAGCAAAAACUCGGCAAAGAGUACCAGGACUACUUGAAAGAGAAGUUCCAGCCUCCACCAGAGAGUAUGGGUUUGCCUAUCGGGCAGUAUAAAUACGAGCCCAGGCGUUUACUGAUGGAGAAAGAGAGAAACGAAGAAUGGAAUCAGAUAUCACAUGAUGAAGAUAUCCAAGGAACAAAUGGAAUCAAACCAGCUGGGUAUGUCAACUCACUUUCACAUAGAAAUCAUCCUCCGCCUAGUCCCUAUAAACCUGCGUACCACCAGAAACCACCAAGUCCAAUGAUUCGACAACAAAGUCAAGAUCGUUCAUUUCUAAGAGGCUCACCUUCACCUGGUAGGUCCGAGCCACUACCUGCACAAAUGCCAACCUACCAGCAACCUUCGUACAUCACUCAGAAUGAAAAUGAAAGAGUUGGUAACCAACGAAUGGAGAUUAAUUAUGGUCUUGGAGCUGACAAGUUUAAUCAAGGAAUGACUGGACCAUAUCCAAAGGCCAGGUCAGAGCAUUCAUCUGGAUCACGUCCUGCAACUCCUAGCAAAUUGUCAUUGCCUCUGGGACAGUAUGAUGAUAUGAGACCAUUUAUUGAGAAGCAAAGAAAUAAGGACUAUAACAAUGUUAAAGAGCAGCUUGAUCCAAGUCCUAGGCGUCUCCCCAAAUCUCCCGAUGCUACUGCUACCUCUUUGACAAAUGUUGGUUCUUAUGACGAGCUUAGACCAAAAUUUGAAUCCCAAAGAAAUCAGGAAUACCAGGAGUAUUUGAGGACGCUGCCUCCUAUGAAGAAGACUGGAAUUAUUCCAAAAUCAACUGAUGUUACUCUGCCUGUUGGUCAGUAUGAGGAAAUGAAGAAUAUCAUUGAAAAACAGAGAAAUCGAGAAUACAAUGAUCUCAUUAAAGAGGGGAAAAUUGGACAGAGAACAUUUCGGGAGAAAAUCCCGACUCCUCCAAAUCUACAAGGCCUUCCAAUAGGCCAGAAUAGGUACGAACCUAUGCAUAAAGCUAUGGAGUACCAGCGUAAUAAAGAGUACAAUGAAUUCAUUCAAAAGAAAUAUGGUGGCAGGACAAUAUCUUCUCGCAGUGAACCUCCUCGGGAAAAACCGAGCGAUUCUUCUUUUUAUUACGGAAACGAAUUGGAACAUGAGGAGAAGCGAAAAAUGUUAGACCAUGAACGUAGAAACGAGUACAACAGUUUUGUUCGAGAGCGUGUGCCCCCGCCUUCUAAAAACUAUAACGUGCCCACUGACGCGGAUUCGGGUCUUCCAAUUGGCCAACAACACCACGAGGCAUGGAAGAAGUUCCUCCGGGAGCAGAGAAAUAAAGAAUAUAACCAACUUGUUGAAGUGAAAGGUCACGAUCACAGAAAUCGUGAUUGGAACUUUGAACAGAAUGGUAUUCUUGAGUUGAGGGGAGAUGAUGCGAAUCAAAGUAGGCAGAGAGAACUUCGUGCAGAGCGCCAGAAAGAUUAUAAUGAUUACAAAACCCAGAUGAAACCAGCACCAAAUCAUGAUUGGCCAACACCUAAUUACGAGAAACCGUUCAUAACGCGAGGGGCUUAUGAUGGCCUUAAGGAAUUGUAUGACGAAGAACGCCGGAAAGAUCUUCAAGAUGCUCUAGAAAGGCGGCGUGAGCAUUUCCUACCGGAAAUCAAGCCAAGAGUUAUGUCAGAACCGAUAAGGGGAAGAUAUGUGAACCAAAACCCAAUGGUUGAUGCCUUAGGAAGAUAUGAGGACUAUCGCCAGAAACUCAACGCAGACCGUAAACAAGAGUGGAUGACGUCUUUAGAGCAGGCAAGAUCAGAGGAAGAGUUGCAUGAUCAUCAGGAGCAGGAUAAACCUAGCAUUGCGGGAGACGAGUCUCCACUUAUCCACUCCCUGGGAAAAUAUGAAACAGAAAUAAGACAGAAAGUGAAGGACCAACGUCGUAAAGACUUUGUUGACUUUACACAUGAUCAGCCUAUAUACACGGCCCGAAGCACUGUUCGUGAAAACCUCAUGCCUAACGAGGCAUCAUAUGAGACUCCCUUAGUUUCCCACAUGGGAAAGUACGAUGACGAGCGGGAGAAAUUUCGGGAGGAGAGACAUGAGGAUUUACUCCACUACAGCAAAGAGCAUCCACUGACAACGCGUAGCGGCGUGCACGAGAACCUCAUGCCACACGAGGCUUGGGCUGAAAUUCCGCUCGUCUCGUAUAUGGGCAAAUACGAUGACGAAAAGAUUCGGUUCAGAAACGAGCGUAAUAAGGAUUUUAAGUUGUAUUCAGAACAGAGACGCACUCAGCUACGCGACCCGCACGACCACUUUGUUUUUCCCACCGUGGCAGCUGCUGAGCGUCCUAUAGUAGCUCAUAUGGGUAGGGAUGUCGAGCAGAGGAAGGUUGAUCUUCGUUCUGAGCGGCAACGCGAUUAUGAACAAUACCAGCAGCAGCAUAAGUCGCAGAGUCCCGGUCGUCGCCAUGAUUUUGUAGACACAGCCCAGGGCCCUUACAAUGGCGGAUUGUUCCAGGGACUUGGACAGCGUGGCCCCGACAAAGAUGGGCUAAACCAGCAGAGAAAACAUGAGUACAAUGAACGGCUUGACCAGCAAUACGGGAAAGAACGACCUCAUGGCAGACCAAACUGGGUUAAGGAAACAUUACCCAACAACGUUGACCGUGGACGUUCCCCUCAGAGGAAUCCUGGUCCUGGCGGGGCGGACCAGUACUCCAGAAUGUUGGAAGAGAAACGUCGGGAAGAGGCAAGCAGAAGGCGAUUUGAUGAUCCAGAGUUCCAGGGGAGAUUGCCACAGAGUCGUGAAAGAGACAAUGCCAACAAGCAGUAGUAGAUCUGAUAGCGUUAUGGCUUCUAAUGAUGGACCUAUCUUUGGACAAUUUUAGAUAUAGACCUGCAGUAGAACAUAGCUUAAAUGGAAACUACUUCACAUUAUAAAGCCAUUAAAAAUGUUUCACAACCCAAAAACGCAUGUAAUAAAUGGAUUUAAAUACAUGGUAUAGACAUAUUUAAAGAUUUGUUUUGUUUUCAUACUGUUUGUAAGGUAUUGUCUAUAUUUGUUACAAAAACUGUUAUAUAUGUAUACAUUAUAUUUUUGUAAACAUUCUCGAUUUAAUAUUUAAAGGAAAUAUUUAACAGAAGCAUUAUAACAAAUACUGCUGAUACCGAAGUGCUUAAUUAUAUAUUGCCAUCAAAAGUUGGUAUUUUUAUUAUUUAUUAUAGUGCCAUUAUUAUAUUUUUUACAGAACCUUAAUGUUUUGUUGUCAUUUUUUGCAAAAUAAUAAAAGUUCUAAGUGCUAAUGGAUAUAUGCAGACAAUAAAAUUAAGACAGCAUAUAUAUUGUAACUCAAAACAAGUUCCCUUUUCAUUAGUGAAUUGAAUUCAUCUUGCAUUAAUGUUCCAAAUUUGCAAUUUUAUCAGUAUUGUUUUCGUUGGCAUUUUUAACCUUGUGAUAUAUAAACGUUUUUUAAGUAUUUUUCCUGCCAAAAAAGCAUUCUUUUUUCAAAUUGGAUUUCUGAAAUGGAUCUCAGGGGCAUGUGAUUUCUUUUUAUCUAUUUGUGAUUGAGUUUAAUUUAAUUCGUCUAUGAAGCAUCAGUGAUUUUAUCGAUAUUUUUUUAUCUAUUUGGCUUUUAUUUAUGUAUAAAAAUGCUUUACAACGUUUUAUUUUCAAGGUAGGCUAGAUUAUGAAUAUUCAUAAAUUGAUUAUAUCUGCAUGUAGUGUUUCGUAGCUAGCAAUGUGAUUUAUGUGUCUAAUUCAUGUUUGUGAAAAAUUAACAUCAGAUUAUUGUUUGAUAUAACGGAAAAUAAAAUAUCAUACUAUU